AUGGAGGGGAGUGGAGACGAUGAGGGAGAGGCUCAGAAAGUGAAAACAGAGUGCAAGAGACUGGCUGAGGAACGUGAUGAAGCUGAGAGACAACUGAAACAUAUCAAGAGAGUUUCCCAGAUGGUGAUCGAGGAGGUGAAUGUUCUGCAGACGCAGCUGGAGAUUGAAAGGUCAUGCAGAGAGAAUGCAGAGGCCCUGGCCACCAAGCUGAACUGUGAGAACAAGAAGCUGAAGUACCUGAGUCUGUCGUCUCGGCCCUGUUUGGACGAGCUGCUGCCUAGUAUCUCAGACUGUAUCGCCCUGGAGGAGGAGGCUGAUCCCCAGGAACCCAGUCCGGACGCAUACUCCCAGUACCAACAGCAGGUCAAAGAUCUUCAGGAGACAGUCAACACUCUGCUCGAGGAGAAAAAACAGCUAACCUGUCAGUUACAGGAGAACCAGAGACAACUAGAAGAACUGACAACACUUACCGAAAAGCAACAGAUCGAGAUGAAAGAGCUUCACAAAACCGUCGAGCAACAGACCAAGACCAUCAAAAGAUUCAACAGGGUGUCUAUGAUGGCGGCCCAUGAGUAUGAGGGGUUGAAGGAGCAGCUGGAUUUGGAGCAGAGCCUGCGGCAGAAAGCAGAGGUCUACGCUCACGAGAUGCUGGUGAAGCAAAAAGAGGUGAACAGACAGAGCAUGAUCCUACUGCAGCAGGCUGAUCCCAGCAUUCAGCUGCUCAAAGCCCUGGAGGAUGUGGCCAAUGUAACUAAGACUCUGGAACAGGAGAGACUGCAGCACCAGCAGAAGGUUAAGGCUCUGGAGGCUGAGCUGCAGGAGUGCACUUUGCGUAAGCAGCUCUCAGACCUUCAAAAACAGUUGGAGUUGCUGGAGGAAGAGAAGAGAGAGACGGAGAGCCGCCUGCAGGAGGAGGAGGAGAAAAACAGGAGCCUAGAGAACAGAGUCCGAGAGCUGCUGGAGGCCCAGAAGAGCUGUGAUCCAGCACCGGGUCCCUCUCCUGGGACUGCCCCUCCCCCUGCACCUCCUCCCCAGCCCCCACCUCCUCCCCCGCCCCCACCGCCACCCCCGCCGCCGCCUCCUCCUUCCCGUUGCAACCCCCUCAGCUCUCUGAUUGCAAUUAUGAGGAAGUCCUCCAAGGGUGGGAAAGGUUCGCCGAAGACAGAGCAAGUUCCAGUAAACGAGGGUGUGGAUGACGUCAAAGUGAAAGCCGUCAACGAGAUGAUGGAGAGGAUCAAACACGGAGUGGUACUGCGGCCCGUCAAAGGACAGGACACCAAGAGAUUUGCCACAAAGCAACCUGCAGUGACUGAGCAGAAGCAUCAGGAGAGUGCGAUGGAGGAGCUGAAAGGCAUUCUGGAGACGGUGAAGAAGAGUCCCAGUCGUGGGUUCCAUGAGACGGCCCAGGCGAAAAAGGACACGGAGCUGGAGGUGAUUCUGAGGAGGAGGAGAAGGCAAGCGUGUGACCCAGGCUCUGGAGAUGAGAAGGACAGGCAGAUCAGUAAGGUCUCUUCGUCUGACAGCCUGAAUGGGAGACACAGCUCGGACGCUGGGAAAGACGGCGAGGGGAUGGGGAACAGUCUCCACUCCCACGGUGAGGCGGUCGGCUCCAGAGCCAGCCCAGACGCCAGCGGUGUGCCAGCUGCAACCAGACGCAGCUCUGACUCUGGCGCUGAACCCAAAGGAGCCAGGCAGACGGGCGGGGUCCACAGGUCUCUGUCUGAGAAGGGGCCCCAUGAGAUGGUCUCUAAUGGAUGUUUUCUCCGAGGGGCGAAGAAAGCUGACCAGGGGAAGUGUACUCAGUCUAAUGGAAUAGACCAUCCUUCUCAACGCGACAACCUGCACGCCACCUUUGGCACCACAUCAAGCAAGCCUAGUGCAGCCAACGGCAGCCCAGACGCAGACGCAGACGCAGACGCAGACGCAGACGCUGAGUGUUAA